UCUUUUUUGUUCCCGUUGGUCCAGUUCGGCUUCAUUGGUAUUGGAAGUAGCUUUGUGGAGCAGAGACUUGUUGACCCAUUUCUUCUUCUCUUCUUUACUUACGGUAUCCUGAAACACCAGUCUCUGCUUCACAUUACCCCGACCUUUCGUUCGUUACCACCUCAGAGAAGCAUCGGUCCGGGACCAGGUCAAACUGAUAUCUUCUUCGCGUGUACGACCAGUAUACGGAUCACCAGCCAAUUCCUUGUCUCUCACUUCUGCUCUCGAAUGGACAAGUCGCCAGCUUUGUUUGUUGUCUUCGGAGACACAGAACCGCGUCUGAGUACCAUCUAGCCCGUACGACCUCACCAAUUCAGAAGCUUUAAACGCCGCUUGGCCCAGUCUGCGCGUGAGCCGACAACUGCAGACCCUCCGCAUCGCUCUUUUGUAGACAUCAAAUCCCACAGGGCAUAUCGAUUGCUCGAAGACACCGUCCAAUAUGCCUCUCUCCAUCUUCCACAGAUCUCCACAGCCCUCUGACUCCCCCUCACGGUUCUCUGCUUUCCACGCAAACGUCCGCUCUCUGCUCAAUGGCAGUUCCAUAUAUUCCAAUUCGCCUGUCUUAUCAUCAGACCACGAGGAUCACAGCGAUCGCGGCAGCCGUAGCAUUCCGAAGCUACCGGCUUUCGACUUUUUCAGAAGAAACAGCACUCCUUUAGUUUUGCCCACGACGGAGUUACAGCAAGGAUCACGGUCCAAUACUGUAUUGUCGCCGCCGGUGCUGAAUUAUCAACAUACAGCAGGGUCUUAUAUACAGGACAUCGGAAAUUCGACGCCUGAGAUUCAAGAACAAUAUCUUGUUACGCCACCGACGCUCUUUAGUCCUGAUGCUACGCCACCUCUACGACAGCACCUGGAUUCUGAGACAGAACAAUCGACUGAAAGGGUCCCAGGGAGACGGCCGCGCAGGCAUCGACGUCGUCACAGACACAGAACUCGACCAGCAGUCGUACCAUUCAUCCGAACAGGCCCUCAAGCAUGGGUGCGAAAAAAGCGCGAGAGAGGAUCAUGCAGUGUUUCAAACAACAAGGCAGCAAGAGGCAAACUGACCAGCGUCACGAUAUCUGCGGUCUUCCUUGGCGUCAUAUUGUCCAUAUAUCUCUGCAUAGUGCUGUUACGGCCCAAUAUAGGACAGGAGGUCCAUGUGCUUUUCAUCCUCGUCAUUAUAUGCACUACAAUCUUCUUCUGUCAUGCCUUAGUUCGACUUUGCAUGGUAGCAAUGAGUCCUCCACUGGACACGCCCCGAAUGACAAAUAUGCAAGACACAGAAGGCUUUCAUCCAGUACGACCGAUCCGAGUUCAUGUCGCGCGCGACGAGGAACUAGCUGAUGACAUGGACGAAGAGAGCGAAGGAAGUCCUGUUGAGAGCAUAUCUAAGGGCCCAAAGAUACCUCCGCCGGCGUAUGGAAAAUGGAGAUCCAGUGUGCGAGUUGAUCCCAAUCUGCUUCACUGGCAGCGCGUAAGCCACAUUGAUUCAUCAAGAGCAAACGAAGCUGAGCUCGCCUCACCGCAUUCAUCUGUUGGCCAGUCACCUACGUCCAGAUCGCCGGUUCGACCUGCUGUUAUAGCCCGGCCACCGAGUUAUGCCUCCGACGACGGUGUCGCAUAUGUUGUCUCAGCAGCACCCAGAAGUACGGCGCCUUCUCAGGGUAUGUUCGAGAUCCAUCCGGCGUUUCGACAUCCUGCAGAUCGACUGGAAAUGCCGAGUGACAGGUAGAAUCCGCCAGUUGAGUCGCAACUGUACAAAACAUCAGUAUUGGUGGGCAGAGCCUUCUUGGGCCGUGUUACCGCCACCAGCGAGACUGUUUUUGGUUGUUACUUUGCAGUUUUGCGCAUAUUAUACCCAGCGUGGAGUUUC